AACAAAAUCUAAAGUAUGCAAAAACUCAAACGUUGAUUGGACAAGAACCCAACACACAACAGACGAAAGCUAACUACAUUGCUUAGAAGUGUACACUUGUUUAAAAAACACACGUGUCCUUUGACCUUGAUGACUCCCGCAAAGAAGCUUCGAAAAAAAAACCAAGUCUUGCUUGCUCCUUGCCCUAAUCUCUUUUCUCUGUACUUCCGAAUGGAAUAAUAUUGAUUGAUUUUUUUUUCUGUAAAUUCAGUUAAAUUCAACGGAAUUCAGUUACGCAAUUGGUUAAUUCAGGCGGAAAUGCCGGGUGGUUGGCAUUUUUCUCGAGUAGAUACUUUAGAGCUGAAAUCUCAAAUUGAAAGAAAGAUUGGGCGUGUAAAAGCAGAGAAAUACUUCAAUCUGCUCACUAGAUUUUUGAGUCUGAAGAUUAACAAACCUGAGUUUGAUAGACUCUGCAUUGGUACCAUAGGGAGAGAAAAUGUUCGUCUUCAUAAUCAUUUUCUCAGAUCAAUUAUUAGAAAUGCUUCACUUUCAAAGACUCCUCCAUCAAGAGAGAACAAGUUGGAAGGAUCUUUAAGCGUUAAAGUGGCAAAUGGGUAUCAAAGAAGUAAUCUUCAGUCACUUUGCAAAGACUUUCCUCAAUCCCCUCGCAAGGGCAGGACUCCAAAUCUUCGUGAUCGCAAGUUCAAGGACCGCCCAAGUCCUUUAGGGCCUCAUGGAAAGAACCAUAGUACUGCUUGUGAAGAUGCAGUUCCUAAAAUUCAAGAACAGCAGAGUGCUACUGAGUUGCUUUCUUUGUGUAGCAGACCACCUGGCUCUGUGGAGGACGGAGAGGAGGUUGAUCAAGCUGCAGAAAGUCCAAGCAUUCACAGUAGGAGUCCUGUUAGAGCUCCACUUGGCAUCUCUUUGAAUGCUAAAGGUAUGCGAAAAGUACCUUGGAAUGGAUUGGCAUCUGCUGCUGAGACUUGUCAUUCCAGAGGUGAACUACCUGAUAGCAGUUCUUUGAGGAAGAGGUUGGAACAGAAGCUGGAGAUGGAGGGAUUAAACAUCUCAGUAGAUUGUGCCAAUUUGUUGAACGAUAGCCUUGAUGUUUUCUUGAAGAGAUUGAUAAAACCCUGUUUGGAAUUGGCUGGGUCAAGGUCUGGACAGAAACUUCUUGACCAAGGUCAUAAUUGGUCCAUGGCCUCUUUAAAUGGAAUGCGGCCUGUGAGAUAUGCACAAAAGCAAAAUGGGUCCAUUUCUGCAUCAAUGUUAGACUUUCGAGUUGCGAUGGAGCUAAAUCCCCUGAUUCUUGGCGUAGACUGGCCAACGCAACUUGAAAAAGUCUCCCUGCUUGCUUCAGAAGAGUGAACCGAAACCGAUUGGCCCCAUGAUUUGGGUUGGAGCUGGUUCCAGCCAGAGCAAUUUUGAGUUAUUUCAAUUAUAAAGUCGACUCUAACAUUGAUCUUGAUCAUACCAUUUUUAUAGAAGAGAUGAAGUAAAUAAGUAGAAAUGCUACAGGAGUUUUGGAUCAAGCUGAUUAGAUUGUAUAUAGGUCAAUGGCUCUGAUUUAUCCUGGAGGUGUGACAUCUUAACUGGUGAAAUCCAACUAUAAUGACUCUUUGUAAGAAUCUACCUGUUACAAAUAGGUUAGCAACUAUCUCCACCUGAUAUCUAUAGUUUUCUGUUGUUUCAGUGAUCACUGUUUUUAUAAUAAUGAAGUGUAUCUUUGAGUUUUCAGCCCACUAUUGUUGUAUUUUUCAUGUGAGCUUUAAUCAUAUAUAUUUUUCCUUUGAUGCGGUCAA